UCUAUAUUUAGCAGUUCAGUCAUGUCCGGAUUUCUAGAUAACUGCAACCCAAGAUGUGAAUGUAUAGAAUUGGGUGAUAGGAGAAAUUUAUUAGUCUCAAUUGUAUCAGGAUGCUUGUUUUUUACUGGAUGGUGGAUUGUUAUAGAUGCUGCAGCAAUUUAUCCAGCAGAAGAACAAUUGCACAAAGCCUUUCACACAUGUGGUGCGGUGGGGACUAUAGCAUUUUUCAUGAUAAAUUCUGUAUCAAAUGGACAAAUUAGAGGUGAUGCGUACAGCACUGGAUGUAUGGGACAGACUGGAGCUAGAAUUUGGCUGUUUAUUGGGUUCUUGCUUGGAUUUGGAGCAUUGAUUGGAGCUUCUUGGAUCCUGUUUGGAUUUUACGUGGUUAACAACACAGAUAAACCAGAGUGGGCAGGUGUAGCAAUAUUCUUACAGAAUGCAUUGAUAUUCUUCAGUUCCCUACUGUUCAAGUUUGGACGGACAGAAGAUCUUUGGGGAUAGAGCCUUAGAGGAAGAAUAAUUGAUGUGACUGUGACCUAUUUUUUUUAUAAAUGGUGUCAUAAAGCUAUCACUAGAACAUGUAAAAUCAUCUGAGAUAUAAUAUUUCUCAUGGUUAUAAAUAGAAUGAUGUCAGAUCCUUUUCAUUUCUUCUGUUCAUGUUACUUUUGCUUGGCAAUGUCAUUAAUGUAUACAGUAUUGUGGUGUUUUCAAUAUUUUUAAAGCUUUGUACAUAAUGAUAUGUGAAGCUUUUUUGUGACAAUUUGUAUGAUGAACUGACAAUUCAGAAAUUAUUGCAAGGUUUUAUUGCGGUAUGGGCUUUGCUCAUUGUUGAAGGCUGUACAGUGACCUAUAGUUGUUAAUGUCUGUGUUAAUUUGGUCUUUUGUGGAUAUUUGUCUCAUUGGCACUCAUACCACAUCUUCUUUUUUAUAUGCAUUAAAAUAAAUGCAAAUAAUGCAACUAGUUGGGUAUUGCAAUAACAGGAACUCCCAUUCUGAUAUCUGAUCCCAAUAUUUAUAUGCAGAAUUGCAGUUUUUCCUGAAACGCAAUAAUUGAACUUGCAAUUUUGUCCUUUCUUCAAAAAUUUCUGAAAUUACAAUAUUAGGAAUGGAACCAGUUGGUUUUGAUUGUACUCGAUAACAUACUGACAUCGCUUAACAUAAAAAACUUGUAGUAUAUGUAUUUCAUUUUGUUUAGAUAGCUAUUACAUAAUACGCAAAUUUGCAAUGGAGGAUUUUUUUUAUUUCUUCAUAGAUAGACAGAUAGAGGUAUUUACACUUUUGGAUAUUUAUGUAAAUUGUUUGUGAAUUAAUUUUGUUUGUGAAUGCCCCUGGAUCUUGCUCUGAAUUACUUUUCUGACUUCUUAUGUUAUAAAACAAUCGCUUUUAAUUAUGAGGUCAAAUUUUCUAAAUUGUGAUGCAAAAUAUUGUUUUGUGAUUUUAAGUAAUGGCAAUCCAAUUUGCAUACAACUUACAAUUAUGAUAUGCCUUCUGAAAAAUAAUGAAAUAAUGAAAUGUAGUCUGGUAUCUUAUAAAAGCAGUAUUUGUGAGAUUCAUUUACCAGAUAAGAUUUUUUAUAUGACCAUCAUCUAAUAACAUAGGCGGAUUUAGGCCCCCCCCCCCUUUUUGGAAAAAAAAUGGGUUGCUUAUAUAGGGAAUCACUGAAGCAAGACUGGCGCGACCCCUCUUAGGUCAGUCAGUGGGCCCCCACUUAUGAAAAUUUGUGGAUCAGCCACUGAAUAAAGAAUUUUUCUUAAACUUAUUCUAUUCCCCACCUUGGAAUUGCAGAGAGAUUAGAGUUCAUGCUCUAUGUUGAGGGCUUCAUUGUAACUUUAACAUGGAGCACAGCAAUUAAAAGGUUAUUCCAGCAGUUCAGAUUUAUAUUGUGCUAUGUGAUUUUAUGUCAUGAAUUAAUGCAAGAUAUCGUUUUGUUUUUCAUUUUCAAUGUAACUGAUAAUGAUUUGCAAUGAAAUAUACAUAUUAAAAUAUAUUGUUAUACAUGUAUAUACAUGUACAUUGAAACUUACUCAAAUGGGAGGACAAUAGCAGUUAAGAAUAAUAUGCAAUACUUCUUUGCCACUGUUUGCAUGAUACUAUUUUGAUGAACAAGAAUGAAGCUGCAUAGUAACUUAUUAAAUCUGCAAUUUAAUUUAGCAAGGUAUUAUUAUAUUAAUUGAAUAAAACAAAAAUUCAAAAUGAAAUAUCUCAUGAAUUGAUGUAAAUAUGCCUAAAAAUUGUAUUUAUUCCAUGACUGUUUAAAAUUUAUUUUCAUGUAAAUAUAUUUAAGUUUAUUUACUAGAUUUUAUGUAAAAAAAGUAUAUAUUGUUCAAACCAUUUCAGUGCUAAUGUAUUAUUCAAAACCGAUUUUCACAUUAUUGUUACUUUUACUCUCUUUAAUGAUAUUACUCAUUCAUACAAUUUAUUAUUGCUUAAGGUGGUACCCAACACUUUAACUAAAAUUAAUUUGGUUCGUUUUUUGUUUUUUUUUAAUUUUGACAAAGUAUUUACUUUGACUCUUUGACAAAAAUAUAAAUAUUUCAAAAAAAUUGAACCAGCAUUUUAUCCGAAAAAAAUACACUGAUUAUAUAGCAGUUUGACAAACACUUAUUUUGGUCAUUGAGAAGCUUAAUAUUCCAUUAACAAUGCAAUGUAAUCAAAACAUUAAGCUGAUUUUACAUAGUUAUCUCCCUGAAGGUACCACCUAAAGUGUAAUUUGUGUAUUUUUACAUUUUCUGAAUCAGUGCAAAAUUACAUUUUACAAUUAUUCACAAUACUUUUUCAGAUCAUUUUUUUGUAAUAUAUAUAAGUUAUAUUUAAAUAAGCCUUGUUUUCAACAUUACUUGUAUAGGUAAUUUUAAUUGUUACUUGUUUAAGUAAUGCCCCUGACUGAUCAGAAACCGGUAUGAAACUCAUUUAGAAAUUGGCAUCAAAUUAUAUAUUGUAUUGAGUUGCUUCCCUUUUAAGGAUGCAAUAAGAAAAAAAUGUUAGCUGAAAU